AUGGACUAUCUAUUGCAUGACAAACUUAACAUUGGUACAUUUAUUGCCUUCAUCAGAGUACGACUUCUAGCCCUGUUCUGUGAAACCUACAUAGAAAAAAUUACAGGUUUACUAAAUGUUAUUGUAGAUAUUACAUCUGCAGAAAACACUGUCACAACUAUUGUUGCUACUGGCCUUCCCACUGAAGCUAUCAUUAUUGAGGAGACAACAAUAAAAAGCUGUGGACCACCAACUAAAGAUUGGCUAUUGUAUACACUGGGUACUGCUGGAUUUAUAAUACUAACUGUGUUAAGUCAUUUAUUGCGUUCUUACAGUAAGCGAAAAUCAAGACUUAAAAAUGAAGAAGAGGUUUUGGAAUCAACAACAACUUCUCCGUAUACUGGAGUCUAUCAUGAAAUUGACGAAAACGUUUUAACAGAUGUUACGCUAGGUGUAUGCUUGACAUCACAAUCGUCUAAUAAUGAAGCUGUUUACUUUGUUCCACAAGAGCGUACGUCUAUCACAACAAUCACUGAACAUAUUGAUACAGAUUAUCUUGAUCCUGUUUUUGCAGCUGAAGACGAAGGAGACAAGUCGAAUGACCAAAUGUGUAAAAAAGAAAGUAUUUCAACUUGUUCCUCUGAUUCAGACGCUAUCGUUUCUACAAGUAACGAAAAUAUCAAUCCUUCAAAAUUUAAGGAAAAUCGGCAUGAACAUUUGCAUAGGUAUAAUGUACCUGUAACAGUUCAUCCGUGUAUCGAAAGUUCAUCGGGUACUGAUGAAGAUGCAACUGAUGAUAAAUAUUCGCAUGUGUAUCAAUCACUACAAAAAGACAGUCAGAUAAAAAAUAAUGAUUAUGAAAAACUGCGGACGACGGAAAGUAUGAUACAUGUGAUAGUAAAUGAUGCAACAUUGCAGCCAGUUACUCAAUCUAUACAUGGAACCAAAGAAUUCCCGCAUUGCAUAAACAAGCAUGCCGGAUCAGACAAAACAAUAAACAGUUGCGAUGGAAUGAGAAUUCGGGAUGAAAAUAUAUUUGAUAACAACAACCUGACGACAGGUGACAAGAAAACUGUUGAUGCUGUCGAAUGUAAAGAAAGUCAAGACAAUUAACGCUUUCAAAAUAUCUGUUGUCAAGGAGACGACAAUAGUAACUCAGACAACCAUGAUGAUGCAUACCCUUCUAUUCAAAAAUGUUAGUGUGUUGACAUUUUUAUUGAGAACUCAAGAAGUUAUCCGAUGUUUAAUUUUCAUAAAUCCAUCAGAAUAUUCAAAGCGGAAUAAAAAACAAAACUCUAAAAGGAAUUACAACGAUUCGUCUACUGUCACAAGGUAAGCGUCUCCUGUAAAGCUUGAAUCACCCGCCAUGCACAUCCAAUUUACAGAAGAGACAACUAUUCUAAUAUCUGAGCAGAAAAUUAUGACAGUCAUAACUAUGACUUUAACUGUACAAAUCAAUAAAACCAAUCGGCUGCACUUUUUUAUAUAAUUCAAAAGAAGAUAGUAUAUUAAUUCAUGACAAUAAACCAAAGAAAAAUAAAAGUGCUUUACAUUUUGACUAUCACAAUGACGCAUUCAACACAGAGGAAAAGCUUGCACCUUACUGCAAGGUCACAAUGGCCUCUACCACAAUGUUUGUGUGGAAUUAUGUAUGUCGACGAACACAUAUGCCGCUGACAUCAACAAACAACAAGCGAAUCAAAUGGCGAAAUAAAUUUAACAAAUACUGUCACAAAUUUACUCAGCAAUAUCCAGAAACAGGAACAAUAUACACGCAUUAACUUUGCACAAAUGUCCGUGUUACAAUAACAAUCAUUCAAUUAUAUAUAUUGUAUCAAACGGAUGGAGUUCAGCAUUGAAUCAAAGCUACAACGUAACAACCUACAAAAACAUACCUGUUGGUCCAAUAUUGAAAGUUAGCAUUGGCCCUGCAACUUUUCACGUAGCUAACCCAGUCAUUGAAAAUCAUUGAUUGUUUAUUGGCCAAUAACAUGUCUUGGUAUGUGUUUUUCCAUUACAAAAUCAGGUCAUUUAAGACAAUCUUUCAUCAUAUUGUAAGAAUUGGUGUAA